AAAUAAAAUGCAGUGAAGUCCAGUCAGUGUCGCGAAGUCGCAGGGAGGUGCGCGUAUGUUUAUUUAAAGCUUACUGACGCGUUGGUACAAUUGCGCGCGCAAUGAAUCAGGCACCAGUGUCGUGUAUUCCUGCGGGGAAGAUGUCAAAAGCGAAAAAGGUGCUCGAUGAAGCUCGAGAGAUUGAAAAUCCCGAGUUGGAUCUCGCGGACAAGGGGAUCUCGACGUUCGAGGAGAUGCCUGGAUUGCUUAACAUGAUCAACAUAACCAGGUUGACUCUAAGCCAUAAUAAAAUUCAAGCUGUACCACCAGGCCUAGCAAAUUUAGUCAAUCUUGAAAUACUGAAUCUGUUUAACAAUCACAUCACAGAGCUUCCUGUCUCGUUGUCACAGAUGCCAAAGCUGCGGAUUCUCAAUGUGGGAAUGAACAGGUUGGAUGUGCUUCCACGUGGAUUUGGUGCAUUCCCAGUAUUAGAAGUUCUGGACUUGACGUACAAUAAUCUUAGCGAGACGAAUUUACCUGGAAAUUUUUUCAUGAUGGAAACGUUAAGAGCACUUUAUUUGGCUGACAACGACUUUGAAUAUUUACCUCCACAAAUUGGACAGUUAAAGAAUUUACAGAUUCUUGUACUGAGAGAAAACGAUUUAAUAGAAUUACCAAAAGAAAUAGGUGAACUGACACGGCUUAGGGAACUACAUAUUCAAAGGAAUCGAUUGACAGUUUUGCCACCAGAGAUAGGUAACCUGGACUUAGUGAGCAACAAAGCAGUAUUCAGGAUGGAGUUCAAUCCGUGGGUAACGCCAAUUGGUGACCAACUGCAAGUGGGUAUAUCUCACGUCAUGGAUUACAUUCGUUCUGAAACAUAUAAAUAUGUAUAUAAUCGACACCUCAAUGCCAAAGGACCGCCACCCCCAAUCGAAAACGACAAGAGUAAGAAAAUAUCUCGCAUGCGUUGAAAAUGGGAGAAAAAUAAAAUAUUUUCAAACUAACUUAUUACAUGACCUGUCUUAGUUCACUCACUGUCAGUAAUCUCAUGUCUGUAAUACCUGUACAAUCAAAACGGUGCCUUAGCUAAUCUGCGAUUAACAAAAAAGAAUAUUUUUAUCGUGCAUUUAUACGCGUAGUCCCAAUGUAUAAUUAUAGUAUCGAUAUAAAUUUAUAUACCGCAAUUGUGUAACAUAAUACUAUUGUAUUACUUGCGUUAAAUAAUAUUUUUACAACAAACG